AUGGCGGCCGCGGCGACUACGACGAUGUUGAUGUCGGAGUGUCAGCUCGGGAUCGCAGGCGGUGGUGUCGGAUUGAACGGAUUUAGCGGUGCAGGGGGAGGAGGUAGUGUUCAUAACGGUUCUGGAUCGGCGCAUCCGCCUUGGAACAGAAGUCUAGAGAGAGCGCUGGAGGAAGCUGCUGCGACGGGAGUGUUGAGCUUAAGCGGGAGGAAACUGAAGGAGUUCCCCAGGAGCGCGGCGAAUCAGGACUUGACGGACACCACGCAGGCGGAUCUAUCCAAGAACCGAUUGGUAGAGAUUCCAGCUGACGUUUGUUACUUUGUGUCAUUGGAGAGCCUUAAUCUCUAUCAGAACUGUAUACGAAGUAUUCCAGAAGCCAUUUUAAACCUACAAUCUUUAACCUUCUUGAAUAUCAGUCGUAACCAGCUGACAACAUUACCUGGACACGUCUGCAGUCUCCCUUUAAAAGUUCUAAUUGCAAGUAACAACAAGCUAAUAUCGGUACCAGAGGAAAUAGGGUUACUACGACAAUUAACAGAACUUGAUGUCAGCUGUAAUGAGAUACAGACAUUACCAUCGCAGAUUGGAAACCUGGAGAUUUUAAGGGACCUGAAUUUAAGGAGAAAUCACUUGGUAACGCUACCAGAAGAGCUUGCAGAUUUACCACUCGUGCGAUUAGACAUCUCCUGUAAUAAAGUGACAACAAUUCCAGUCUGUUACCGAAACCUACGGCAUCUCCAAACAAUCAUCCUUGACAAUAAUCCCUUGCAAUCUCCACCUGCACAGAUUUGUAUAAAGGGGAAAAUCCACAUAUUUAAAUACCUGAAUAUUGAAGCGUGCAAAAGUGUUCCAGAGCUGCCGGAAUAUGAUAGAACAAGACCAGUUGGAUUCAGUUCAUGUCAUGAAGACUAUUUCUCAGGACGGCCAUAUGGAGCACUAGAUUCUGGCUUCAACAGUGUUGACAGUGGAGAUAAAAGGUGGUCUGGCAAUGAGCCCACAGAUGAGUUGACUGAUCUCCCACAACGAAUGACUGAAAUUGUGAAGGAGCAACGGCAGCGACGCGAUAGUCAGUAUCAUGAGCAUAGAGAUGUACCAUCUGUGACAAAUGGCCCAGUUGAACACGACCUGGAGCAGAUUGAUUACAUUGACAGCUGUGCCAUGGAGGAAGAGGAAGAGGAUAUGCGAUUGCCAAAACGACUUGACUCCUCCAGUCUCAGCUCGCAAUUCAUAGCAUACAUUGAACGACGACGGAUUAACUAUGAUGCUGUUCCGAUGAAAUCAAAGCAUGUUGGUGAUCCACAAAAACCUGUGAGUGACAGGGGCUGGCCACAACAAAACAGUGUAUUUUCAGAAGCUAGCUUGAGCUCUCCAACUCCAUCUUGUGGCCAAAGUGUGGUUUCAAAUGUGGGGUGCUCAGAAUCUGAGUUACAGAGAAGACGUGAGCAACUACUUGUAGAACGGACCAGAAGAGAAGCGCAGCUUGCAGCUCAGCAAUAUGAAGAAGAAAGAAUCCGAACUAAACAAAUUCAGAAAGAGGCCGUUCUUGACUUUGUGAGACAAAAGAGUGGUCAAAGUCCUCAGAAACAAAGUCUGUCUGACAGCGAUCACAGCGAUCUCCCCAAAUAUUUCCCUAUCAGACGAUCCCAGCAUACAGAUGAUAGCGCCUUAUUAGUGACUGAAGAAAGACCACCUGUGUCACCAUGUGCCUCUAUUACCCAAUCAUCAGUCAACAUAGUCCAGUCUGUUCCUCCUUAUCCUGGUUCUUCUCCCCACUCUUACAAACAGCCCACACAUACUCAGCGACUUGAGAACUUCCUAUUGAGAGCGACCACAAGAGAUGAGAUAAUAAAAGAUGUGAAUUCUUCCACCUCCUCUCUUCCUCCUAACCAGGACUCUGAGGACACUUUGGUAUUGCAGAACCAGAAGCAAUGUGAUGAACAGAGAGUCCUACAGCAGCUACGGAAGAACAUUGAAACAAGGUUAAAGAUUUCUCUCCCAAGUGAUCUUGGCUCAGCACUAACAGAUGGUGUUGUUCUCUGUCAUCUCGCUAAUCAAGUGAGACCACGGUCAGUGCCCAGUAUACAUGUGCCAUCUCCAGCUGUGCCCAAACUGACCAUGGCAAAAUGCAGACGAAAUGUGGAGAAUUUCCUGGAUGCUUGUAAGAGAAUUGGUGUACCACAGGAUCGAUUGUGCCUACCCCUUCACAUUCUAGAAGAGAAAGGACUGGCACAGGUAGCCGUGACAAUAGAAUAUCUGCUUGAGCUCGCCCCUACCAAACAGCACCAUUAAUCAACUACCUAGAGACUACACGUGAUGGGCACCUCACACAAGAAACACUGUAACAGUAAAAUUGAAUAUGUUUCAAGUUGGCCUCCAUGAUCAAUUUUAUCACACUCCCCUUUAGCAUCUACAUAAUGGCUUUCUGAAAAUGAGUUGCUAAAUGUGAUUUUUUUUAAUGCUUUUUUUCAAAAAUACAGCACUUAAUUUGUUUUCCAACUUGGGGACCAUGAUACAAAUUAUUUCUAUAACAUUUAAAAUGGGUAUACGUUGCACUGAGUGAACAAAUGGACCUAGGAACUAGAUCAGGAUGUCUUGCUUUGUGACUUAGUCCAGUAAAUAGCUCACCAAUUCAUUUCAUACCGGACAUAAUUCAAUCUUUACCUGGUGCCGGUAAGACCAAAUUUUUCAGGAAUAUUGUAUUUCACUGAUAUAUAAAUAGGAAUAAAAAGCAAUUAAAAAUAUGACCCAUAGAAGCUAAGCUAACUUGCACCCCAGAUGAGAAAGCUGGAGUGGAAUGGAAGGAUCUCCUUCAAACAGCCCUUUCUUCAAUCUCAGGUAGACCUACAGAGGUUUCAUCAGCCUUGGUCUCUCAUCCUGACAUGGUCAAGAAUCGCACCCCCCCACACAAACACACACAGAUGUACCUAUACAUACACAUGCCCCUUGUUAUCCUGCUCCUGGGUCUUCAUCUUUAGCAGCACAUCAAUAAGACAGCUGGCACCAGAAUGCAACGGACUAAUACGAUUGGGGCGGUUGGACUGUCAGCCUACUUGCACUCUUUGGAGCUUUAACUGGCUGUGGAGUAUCCAUCAGAGAGGAAAUCGAAAAUUCAUAUCCAGCAGCAAAACCACGGAGGUGUGGCCAGCAUAUCCUUUUCAUGUGUUUUCCCUGUCUGAUAGUGAGUGAUGUAAACAUUUGCACAAGUGCAUGAAUAUCUAGUCAGAAGCUUUCUUUCAGUAUAGAAGUAGUAUAUUUCGCUGGUAGCUAAACCCAACUGUACAUUGACAUAUAAGGAUGUUAUAUGGUGUUUCAAUGAGUUUAUUUUAGAAAUUAUGCACUGUACUCUCAAAUGGAUCAGUACUGUAUGAUUUGUUCCAGGUUUGGUACUGAGGUUUCCUUCGUUCGGGUUAUAUAUUUUACUUACUUAGGAAUUCCUUUCUUUUGACUUCAUAUAUUCAUUUUCACAAUAUUCUGAAUGAUUUAAGUAUGCUGAUAGAAUUUACUCUUCAUAUUAUAAAUUAUAUUCAUGCAGUAUAAAUAUAUAUUUAUUCAUAGCACAUAAGUAUGAUAAUGCAAUCACUAAGUUACUCAGCCAUAUUUGCAUAAUGUAGUGAUUAGCACUUUACCAUGUGGCAUUGAUGAUGCCAGUCAAUUCAUGGCAUCGGAAGGGAACCUGUCUGCGAUAUGGGCUUGCUACAUGAAAUAUAGCACAGAAUCUUUGACUACAUUGUUGUGAACUUACGUAUCCCCAUUUUUAUGAAUAGUAUAAAAUUGAAUGCACAGUGAAAAAUAGUGGAAUGGGGUCUGUGUCAACUUUAGCUUUUUUUUGACUUAAUUGUAGGUUAAACAUGAAAGAUACCCUUAUUUGUGGAAUAAAUUGUAUAUUAAUUGUUUAAUGUGCUGGAAUCUCUCAAUUUGAGCAAUGUACACUUGCAAUAACUAAACCAAAAGUUUUCAAACUUAGAAAUCAUUGAUCCCUAUAAUACACCUUUAAAUUAUUUAGAU